AAUAUUGCCUGUGUCGUGGAAGAAGGACCAUCCUGUAAGAUGUGUGUACCUGUCAGACAUGGCCACCUGCUCUAACAUGGCUGAUCCUGUGUUGGUCUUCCAGUUGCCGGAUAUAGAUGUCCUCCUGUCCAAUCAAAGGCACCUGUGGUGGUAGGUCGCCUCAUGCAGACAAAAGCAGAGGGAGGGGGUUGGCCCGUCAAACAGCCAAUAAGAAGCCAGGGAGCCAUGUUCAUGGAAAGCGCAGAGCACUUGAGCUCAGUGACAAUUCAGUCUGAGUGAGGAUCGAUUCUGCUGCUCGCAACCCAGCUUGUUCAGGAGCAUUGCACUGCUUAGAAACCCCUGAAGAUUAGGAAUGGCGGUCACUAAUUUACACUACAUCACCCGGAUGAGCAGCGGCUUCAAAGUGUACAUCUUAGAAGGACAGCCCAAUCUGAGGAGCGAAGACAGAUAUCGCCACAUGACCAGCGACAGGGUACGGAUGCGCCCUGCACAUCCCUUGAAGCGCAAACACAGUUCUGAGAGAGGACGGACCCUUGAAGAGAGAAGAGAGAGGGCCCUCAGCAAGAGCCUGGCCAACAGUGCCCGCAGAUCAUCUGGGUUCAGUAUUCCUGAAAGUCCCACAUCCACAUGGAGCCCAACGGCCAGCCCCACUCACCUGAUCCCCAGCCCAGUGUACUCCACCCCAGUCAUGGAUGAGCCUCUGGCCCUAAUCAAGAAGCCGCGCCCAGAACCAGAGAAAGCAGAGAGCCAAAACAAAACCACAACAGUCAGACAAAUACAGAUACGGCCAUCUGUCAUCACCUGCGUUUCCUCUGCAACAAGGUCAACAAAAAAAGACUGCUGCAAUCACUCCACCAUUGUUACCCAGCACAGUUAUGACCACGUUGAAGAGCAUUUCCAGAGGAGCCUCGGGAUGAACUACCACAGAGCCACCUCCAUCAGCGUGUCUGUAGAUGACCACUUUGCCAAAGCUCUGGGAGACAAAUGGCUCCAGCUCAAAGCUUCAUCCUCCUCCUGUCAUUCAUCCUCUUCCUCGUCUUCUUCAUCUCCACCCAGCAGUCCGACCUUCAUCCACUCGCCCGGCUACAGCCAGAGUCCCAAAAGAGCUCGCAAAGAUUCAGUCAGUCCUACCACGACCACACCAAACCUAUGGUCUGAUAAAUGAAGAAGAGAGCGGAAUUAGAUGUAGAUAUGACCAAAUGGACUCAAGAAGCUUGCGUAGGCCCAUGCGUUUCUGCUGUAAAAAAGCCAAAGGGAGACUGUGCGAUAAAUUGAUGUGUUGUAAAAGUUGUCAUGAGCAGAUGAGGAAUCGUCUUUAAAAGGGAGAUUUUUAAAGUCUGACCUUUUUCUGAUCAUUUUAUGGUAGCUAAGCAUUGUUGGAGUUGGCUUUUGUCAUUGGUUUUGUGGGUGCCACUGGUUUUUAUGUGUUGACUGUGAUUGCACUGAUUAUUACUAGUAACAUUUCAUUGUCUGUUGUAAGCUUUCUUCUGAUAAUACGUGCGUAUUUAUAUUAGGCAGUAUACUAGGAUCUUGCAACCUAAAAGGAGCACUGAGCAAAACAGACCAAAAUUUACUAGGUCAGAAAGUUUCAUGUUUUAAUUGAAAACAAAUGCUUGAAAAAAAAGAGGUGGGUAACUGUUUGGCAUCUCUACAUGGGAUCUCUCUGCUGUUCAUUUCAAUCCCUCUGUAAAUUUCAAGCUUUUAUACCAUUGUACAUAUUUGUAAUAAACCCUUUUUUUUAAA